AUGAUACGCCUACUAGACGCAACCACUCACUCCGUCGCCUCUUACCUCGAUCCACCCUCUUACGCCAUUAUCUCCCAUGUCUGGCUCUUCCCCGAAAUUAUCCACACCGACAUUAUCGACCCAUCCGUCCCGCUCUCCACAUUCACCAACCCUUCUCACCCCAAACGCAUCAGUGCCGCAAAAAUCCUUAACUCAUGUAAUACCCUCGUCCGUCUCUACAACGGCAGAGUCAAGCACCUCUGGCUUGACACAAUAUGUAUUGAUAAGAGGGACCUAACAGAACUGUCGACAGCGAUAAAUACAAUGUACAAGUGGUAUAAGUAUGCGGAGGUCUGUUUCGUGUAUUUAGCGGAUUAUCCCUCCCCUUCCGUCAGCGACUUCACGCACUCCAAAUGGUUUACGAGAGGCUGGACACUGCAGGAACUCAUCGCCCCCAAGUCCGUCCUCUUCUUCGACGCAUCCUGGAACCGGAUUGGCGAUAGAGAUACUUUGCAAUCCGACCUCACGGCACGGACGAGCAUCCCGGCGGAUUUCCUGCUCGGGAGCAAGAACGUGGGAUGGGCGAGUGUGAGCUGCCGGAUGUCGUGGGCCGCGGGAAGGACAGUGACUGUUGAGGAGGAUAUUGCGUAUUGUCUGCUCGGUCUUUUUUGGCGUCAACAUGCCGCUGCUAUAUGGAGAGGGGGCGGAGAGGGCGUUUCGAAGGUUGCAGGAGGAGAUUAUGCGGUAUAG